ACUCAGCCAAAACACGCAAUAAAUAAGAUUUUCCGAAGCGAGUGAAAACCCUUUUAUCACAGAAAAUCUCGGUUAUCUUGAACUAUGGCUGAUGCAAACGCGGAAAACCCGCCCAACCGGGUGUACGUUGUGCCGGAGAAGAAGAUCAAAUCGGCGAUGGAUAUGGCAAAGUGGGAAAAAUCGGAAGCAUACUACGACCUGCUAGGAUUCAUAAGCAGCAUGUCUGUGGCGCUGCAGGGAACACGGGCCAGUCAGAAUCUGGAAGUGUCUCCGGUUGUUGAAAAGCUAAUGAAUGCCAUCGACCGGCUAGAGCAACUCGCCGUGGAAACACCACCGAUCGAUCAACCUGCUCGGUUCGGAAAUGCCGCUUUCAAGACCUGGUUCCAAAAGAUGCGAUCCGAAAGCACACAAUUGAUCGCCGACGCACUGCCAGAAACGGCAAAAGAAGCGGUGAAGGAACUGCAGGUAUACUGUGAAGAGUCGUUCGGCAAUUCUACCCGCAUCGAUUACGGUACCGGACACGAGCUGGCUUUCGUGAUGUUUUUGAUGUGCCUGUUCAAAAUAGGAGCUAUUGAACGAAAAGACGAAGUAGCCGUUGGCUUGAAGUUGUUCGACAAGUAUAUCAUUCUCGUGAGGAAGCUGCAGGUAACCUACCGCAUGGAACCGGCGGGCAGUCACGGGGUCUGGAGUUUGGAUGAUUUUCAGUUCGUUCCCUUCAUCUGGGGUAGCGCGCAACUGGCAGUCAACAGUCCGAUCGAACCGGCCCAGUUUGUGGAGGACAAAACGAUCGACAAAUACAGGAAGGAGCUGAUGUUUGUCGGUUGCAUCGAUUAUAUCCGGCAGGUUAAAACCGGCCACUUUGCUGAACACUCGAAUCAGCUGUGGAGCAUAAGCGCCGUACCGCAGUGGUCCAAAAUUAGCACCGGUCUGCUGAAGAUGUACCAGAAGGAAGUGCUGUCCAAAUUUCCCGUCAUCCAGCAUGUCUUUUUCGGAUCGAUUCUCACGCUAACGCCGGUAAAACCUGGCACACCGUUGCCCUGCCCCAGGUUGGGUAUGGUCCCCAGGCAAAGCACUUCCGCUGUUCCACCGGUCCCAGCACCACCCAAAUUUGGUGAUGGUGAUAGCACAAUGUGAUAAUUCAGGCUUCGUUUAGUUUCGUCCGGAUACGAAAGGAUAUUCUGUAACCAAACACGCGUUAAUUUUGAAUGCAGUA